AUGAUAACCCAAUCUACUACCUCAGUCCCAUUCUCCAUAAGCCACCCACAAGAGCAUGUCCGCUUACUAGAGCUCCCACCAGAACUGCUCGCUCUAAUCGAGGCCGAAAGCGGCACUCACAACAACUCGGUUGACCGAGAACGCGACACAAUCUACAGCGACCUCGGUGGACGCGUGCAACUCAAAUCCGCGCCGACUAAUGACUCGUCUACUGCCACCAAGCCAAAGGAGGAGUACUUGCAUGUGUGCACCGAGGAUAAAGUUUGGGCGGUCAGGCAGGUCAGCACGAGUAACAGCGUGCAUGUACUUAGGCCGGCGGCAAACGUCCCUGUCCUCAGUAGUAAUGAGAGUGAUCCGACAGCUACUCCAGGACCCGGUGUAACCGCGAUAGCACAGCCAACAUCAACGCUCGAGCUCCUUCCCGCGACCUACACGCAGAAGGAUAUUGAAAGUGCGUCGGGCCGACUUCUUCCUACUGUCAGCCUGGAUGAUACAGCGUCAUCCAUCGAGUCGGGCAUCUCGGAGAAGGAGAUCAUCGCCUCGCUACCUUAUCCACUGCAUCCGAUCCUUCGCGCCAAGCGAGAGCUCUUCGUCAUUCGACCCUGGGACAAGCCUUGCAUCCCUUCUCCAGGGAUCCUCCUCGCAGCAUGGAAUGCAAUGUUUGCACUUGGACGCAAGUUCCCGCUGGACACAAGCGAUAUGCUCUAUCUAGGAGAGCGCUCAAUGCAGAUCCACCAGGAAGAGGGGGAGGUGGUGGCGUGCGCGGUGCGGGCUAUUGCGGAGAGAUUUGUGGAAGAAGAUCUCGAUGAGGGAGAAGAUGGGGAGUUGCAAAGGCUGCGUUACAGUCUUGAGGGGCAGUUGAUUGGAAAGGAGACGACUGUGUUUGUGGGACAGUUGCUGGUAAUGUGUGCUGGCGAGCAAGGCUUGAGAAGGGAGGAAUUGGAGGAUCGGUGGACGGAUAUCGUACCCAGCAGCUGGAGGAGGUGGUGCAAGCUCGACAACUUGGGUGAGCAGUGCAUUACGACUGGUGCGAAGAGCGCCGAGGCUACGCCUUCGAGCGUUGCAGGGAAGAGGAACUGGCACGAGAAGUUCUCAGCACAACGGAAGAAAGCGAGGUGA